CUAGCUACCAGCUGCAAUAAGUCUUCUCCUCCAUAUAUAGCACAGGGAAACACCAAACCACAAGAAAAAGGAGCCGCAAAAGCAAAAUUACAAGAGGAUCGAGGAGAGGGUGGCAACUCUCCUUUGAUUUCUUUGCACCUCUCGAGGUCAGAUCUUCGAUUAUUCAAGACAGCAGCGCCCUAUGAUGGCGUCGAGCGGAGAGAUCAGGGACACGCAUGUAAGCCGCUGAUGUAUCGAUCAAUUGCCUCCAAGAAUAAUCAAGGGGUAGAUCGAGCUGAGUCCACCGCUGCCAACAAGCUAAAAAACCCUAGCUAGCUAGAAGAGAAGCUGGCGAGCAGGUGGUGGGACGAGGGGCGGCUCGACCUGCCGGAGCCAUCCCUCGGUAGGAACCAACAACAAGACAUGGCGGCUUCUUCUAAGGUCGACGGCACUGACCAGCCGACGAGCGGCGGGAGUGGCGACGACCGCGAGAACGGCACCGGCGAGCCCCGAGAAGGCGCGGUGGUGACUGGCAACCGGCGCCCCCGCGGCCGGCCACCGGGCUCCAAGAACAAGCCGAAGCCGCCCAUCUUCGUGACGCGGGACAGCCCCAACGCGCUGCGCAGCCACGUGAUGGAGGUGGCCGGCGGCGCCGACGUCGCCGAGUCCAUCGCCCACUUCGCGCGCCGCAGGCAGCGCGGCGUCUGCGUGCUCAGCGGGGCGGGCACCGUCACGGACGUCGCCCUCCGCCAGCCGGCCGCGCCCGGCGCCGUGGUGGCCCUCCGCGGCCGCUUCGAGAUCCUCUCACUCACCGGCACGUUCCUCCCGGGCCCCGCCCCGCCAGGCUCCACGGGGCUGACCGUGUACCUCGCAGGCGGGCAGGGGCAGGUCGUGGGCGGCAGCGUGGUCGGCACGCUCACCGCGGCGGGGCCGGUCAUGGUGAUCGCGUCCACGUUCGCGAACGCCACCUACGAGAGGCUGCCGCUGGACGAGGCCGAGGAGGAGGCUGGGCAAGCGCAGAUACCUCCCGGCCCCGGCGGCGGGCCGCCACUGAUGGGCGGGAUGGCCGAACACUUGGCGAUGCCAAUGUUCGGCGGCGUGCCGCCAAACCUCAUGCCGGGGGGUGGCACUGCCUCCGGUGCGGGCCUGCAGCUCGGGCACGAGGGGCUUGCAUGGGCUCAUGCACGGCCGCCGCCGUACUAGGAGGAUCCAUGAUCGAUCGAGUAGGAUGGAAGAAGGGAACGAUCAUCAUGCCGGCAAGGCAACGGUUGAAUUCAUAUAUGUAGAAAAUAAUCGGAGGAAGUGAAGCAUAUAUUGAGCUUGAGCAUGCAAGAAUCGGAGCUGAUUAAUAAAAGGCAGCCAUGCCAUGCCAUGCUCUUAUAAUCUACUAAGAAGGUAAAGUAUACUAGCUAGUACUGCAUGUGGCUGUGCCAAAUGUCAGUUCAUCGAGAUCGAUGAACUGUGAUGUUUUCUUUAAUUAAUUAUAUGCAUGAAAAAUAGAUGGAUGCUUAAUUAUGUCUCUUUGAUCCUCAUCUCUAUGCACGUGAGGUUUCGCUUCAA